CCGCACGGACUGGAGGGGAGCCGCUACGCGUUGUGUUGUAUCUGUCGGCUGCUGCUUAAUGUCGAUGAGGCUUUGCACAGUCACAACCUGCCACCGUAACCACCGUCGGGACUUUUUGUGAACGGCGUCGCGUCCGUAUAAUGUCGCCGCUGCUGAGGACGCGCCGCUGAACGUGCGAAUACUGUGGAUCCGAGCCGGUAGUUUACAGAAGAGGUGAACGCACCUUGCAUCCAGCCAUGGGAGGUCAGAUCACCAGAAAUACCAUCUACGAUUCACUGAAUGGGCCAUUUCCUGCAACAUCCCACCGAUGCCACCACAAGCCCAAGCGCUGCCUGCCCCUACAGCCCUGUGGAAAUUUGUCCUCCUUCCCUCUGCUCUUCCACCCCAGCACCAAGGGUUCACAGAUCAUCAUGGACAUGUCCCAGAGGACUGUCAAGAGACAGGCCAGCUUCUGCAACGCCAUCACCUUCAGCAACAGACCUAUCGCUGUGUAUGAGCAAGUUCGACUGAGGAUCACUAAAAAGCAGUGCUGCUGGAGCGGCGCCCUGCGUCUUGGUUUUACAUGCAAAGACCCAUCGAGGAUCAACCCAGACACCUUGCCCAAGUACGCCUGCCCUGACCUUGUCUCCCAGAGUGGCUUCUGGGCAAAAGCCCUGCCUGAGGAGCUCUCCAAUGAAGGAAACAUCAUCUCCUUCUGGGUGGACAAGAAGGGUCGGGUGUUUUACCGGAUCAACGACUCGAGCCCCAUGCUGUUCUUCAGCGGGGUACAUGUCUCUGAACCUCUGUGGGCUCUAAUAGACGUCUAUGGCCUCACCAGGGGGGUCCAGCUGCUAGACAGUGAGAUGGUCCCUCUGGACUGCCUGCGUCCUCGUUCUUUUGCAGCCACCCACCAGGCCUCUAUUCAGCGAAACAGCGAUGACCCUCGCCUUUCCAUCAGUCUGUGUGACCUGAGCCUGCAGCAGCAGGAGAUGCAUUUGGAGGAAGAUGACGAGGAAGAGGAAAGGCUACAACCUCUAAGCUCCGCCUCUUGCCAUGUGCCCCAAAACUCUCAAAACUCACAGCAGUGUUCGCUGCUACCCAGCCAUUUGGACACUGAUCUGUACUUCCACUCGAUGCAUGGCAUCCAUGUUACUGUGCUGGAUAAGCACACGGUGGCACGGUUAGAUCACCGCGGUGACGAGAGGACCCUGGUGUUCACAAGCCGGCCAAUGCGCUGCUCAGAGACUGUGUACGUGAAGGUGAAGGCAGGUGUCACGCGGCCUGGUUCUCUUUCCUAUGGCGUGACGUCCUGCGACCCAGCCACUCUGAGACCCAGUGAUCUCCCAUCCAACCCAGAGUCCCUGGUUGACCGCAAGGAAUUCUGGGCCGUGUGUCGGGUGGCAGUGCAGCUCCACAGUGGAGAUAUCCUGGGCUUUGUGGUGAACUCAGAUGGGGAGGUCAUGAUGAGCCAUAAUGGCAUCAGUGCAGGGAUGCAGCUGUGUGUCGAUAACUCCAGGCCACUCUGGAUGUUCUACGGUCUGCACGGCACCAUCACACAACUCAGGAUUUUAGGCUCAUCUCUGCACCCAGACCUCCGAGGCCCAUCAGUCCCCAGCUCCCCAUCCUGUACACCCAACACCCCCACGAUGCUUUGCAGCGGCAACUCAGAGCCCAACCUCAACACACCCUUGAACAUCAACCUCAACUCAAGCUUCAACUCCAACUACCACACGGUCUUUUCUUCCUCCACAGGUACCACCCCAUGCUCCCCAUUCUCCAGCCACCCGGAGUCACCUACCUUCCCAUCCUGCUCAGGCUCGUGGAGCGACGAAUGCACCAUUUGCUACGAGAAUGUGGUGGACACGGUCCUCUAUGCCUGCGGGCACAUGUGUCUCUGCUACGCCUGUGGUGUCAAACUCAAGAAGAUGGCCAACGCGUGCUGCCCCAUCUGUAGGAGGACAAUCAAAGAUAUCAUUAAGACCUACAGGAGCACGUAGGGCUGCGUUAAACAAUGCAUCGCAUCAUCAGGUUCAGCUCAGAGAGGUUGUCAAAGCCAUGCAAGACUUUGUAAAGAUGGGCACAUGACAAGUGAAAGCCCUGCUUGUUUGUGUGUGCAUUCUGGCUCAGGUACUCUACAGCAGGACUUUAAACUUCAUCAUUAUAACAUUUUAUCAAUGUUACAUCUAACGCACAUCAUUGGAAAGCUCACAGUGGUCCCUACCAGUGAAGAUACAGCAAUGAGAUUCAUCAGAGAACAUAAAAAAAUACAGUGUAAACAACAGAAACAGCAGAUUGGACCUUGACCUUCUAUUGUCCAGUGGCUCUGUGCUUUGUGCAUCUGUUGAAAAGAAAGAGUAAUCUGAAGAAGCAUCUGUCCUACUUCCUGCAGAGUAACCCUUCAUUCUGCUGGCUGUAGCAUCGCUGCUAGCCAGUAUUAGGAGAAGUAAAAUUGUCCAGAGCUGCGGAAGAAACAAGGAAAAUAAAUCUGUGGUUUCUGCAGCUGCUCUGUCUCUGCUUGUCGGAAAGCACUGGGUCAAAAAGUGUUGUUUUACAGUAAGGAUCAAUUCUCUGCUAAAUCCGAGGGAAGAUCAAGACAUGAUAGUUUUGUUUGAUUUCCAGAAUGUGUCCAGAUACCAGUGAGGAAUGAGCAAAAACAGAGAGUUUUUGGUGGUGAAAACUUUGAAGCAUUUCUAAAAUAAGCCAUUUUUGAAUGAGUAGAAAAUGCUCCUCCUGCAAUAACACACAAUAAAAUGCCCUGAACCUAAAGGGUAAAGAAAUCGUUAACGGAGUUGUAUAAUAAAUUAAGUGCUUUUGUCAGAUAUCUGACUACCUGCUGUGCUUUUGUGAGCUCCAGGCAGGGCGAGAUUGUGCGAAGGGGAAAAAAAAAAAGUGUCAACAUCGCCACCAUAGAAGGUCACGCUUUCGGUGAAAUGAGGAUGUAAAUCAGUGAAGAAGAGGGAGGAGAGGAGAGAGGAUGUUCUAAGUUAGGGAUGUAGACAGUAGACAAAGGGGCACCUUUUUGUUUCAGUGCAAAGAAAGUGUUUGCUCACUCAGGCAAACCGGAUACAUCAGAAGUUUGUAUGAAAGCCUGUAAAAUGUGGGACCUGCACGUCUUGCUUGUUGGCAGCCAUCCCCGCCAUCUCUUCCUGCUCAGUAAGCCUGCUGGAUGCUGCAGUUGGACAAAGGUCGCCUAAAUAAACAUUGGUGGGCAGCAAAGUAUUUUUAAAAUGCUGAAAGAGCACAUAAGGAUGACGAGUCAACCUCUUCAUUAUUGCGAGAAACCCAUGAAACACGAAGUUACAGAUGGCUUUGCUUACUUCAGGUUACACACUCCUCUUUCAUUAUGUACAUAUUUGCUUUCACUGAUGACGUAUUUCAGUACACUGAGUCUUCAAGUGGAAAUUCACAAGUGUGCAGUCAGUGACAAGAAUGUAGCUUGUUACUGUGGGACAUUGUGAGAAUUUCAUUUGCAUAUCAGUUUCUGAGUGCUGCUCUCCAUCGGUAAAAGCAACCUCCAAGGACAUUUUCACGUGACUAAUCUCAUGCAUUAUGUACUGCUUUGAAUUGUUAAGAAAUACAAGCUUCUUUCAGGUGUUAUGUUUUGGCCUCGCUGAAACAUUACUCAGUAACUUGUAAAUUAAUAAGUGCUUUUUUUUUUUUUGUGUUGAAGCUUGUCAUCUCACCACCGUGGAGGGAAAAUUAGCAGUUAUGUUGUACAAGGUUUGUGUCACAGUUAAAAUUUCUUGUGUGCCUUUAAAAAGAGAAGUCUCGACAAACUCUGGUCUGUUAGGCUCCUCACCAUAAAAAAACAAAAAACAAAAACAAAACAAACAAAAAAAACAAACAAAAAAAACUGGAGGAAUACCAAGGUUCAUAUCCAUCUUAAAGUCACUCUUAUGUGGUUGUGAUGUCUCUGACGUGAGCAGGUGUAACCACACAACCUACCAAUACAAAACUGUUGUUUUAAAGCAAACAUUUCAGUGUGCCUAGUAUCACUAUGAUACUAGGCACACUGAAAUGACUUUGACUUUGUUCACUGCUUAAGAUGACAUGUUUAAAUAUCGCCUUGUCCCUCUGUCACUAUACUGGAAUUUAGUUGUGCUUAAGAGAUGCCCGGCCUACAUGUCUACCUGUUUUUGUUUUUCUUCAUGACCAAAUAUGACCUAGCAGAAAUAAAAUAUUGUGAAACAUUUUUGAUAGAGAAGUGGUAUUGAUGAGUGUAAUAUUAACUGUACAUUAUGAGGUUUAUUUAUUUUGUCAAUGCUACUAUAAAGAAUUUUCACUGUUUGUUUUGUAUGUAUGGCUACAGUGUCCAAAAUAUAAAAAUAUUUCAUUGUUGCGUAGUCAAAGAUUAUAGAAAACUUGAUUCUCCUAAAAGACUCUGUGGUUGUGUCAGCUGAUUUUCACUUGAAGGUAUAGUUUUGAUAAAUGUUUUGGGAAAUACACUCAUUCACUUUGUGGCAGAGACAGACAAGUAGAUCAAUACCAUUCUCCAGUGGUGGAAUAAAACAAAGUGCAUUUAUUCAAGUAAUGUAAUUAAUUACAGUUUUGAUGUAUUUGGUCUAUUCCUGAGUAUUUUCAAAUUAUACUACUUAAUACUUUAUAUACUACAUGCUAAUACUUUUUUAUUCUGUAGGUUUUUACUCCGCUACAGUUAGCAGAAUGCUGUAGUUAUUAGUUUCCAGAUUAAGAUUUUACAUACAAAACAUAUUAGCUUAUAAAAUAUAAUAAACAGAAUCAAGUCAGAGGUCAAAGGUCAUCUUUGACCUACAGUACUGAAAUGCUACUAACAUGCUACUGCACCAUGAAUAGUAAUCACAAUGAGAACACUGACGGGACAUAUUUCUGAGGGGAGUACUUUUACUGGUAAUUAAGUAUUUUGACACUGCAUAUUACUUUUACUUACUGGCUAUAAUAUUAGUAUAUUUUUAUAAUAAUAGUAUAUCAAAUGACAAUGUGACUGUGAAAGGGGUUGCUCAUUGUAAUGAACGCACAGAGAGUUAUCACCUUAAUGUGCAACUCCUGCAGAUUUAUGGAGCUUUACAGUGAGUUUCAUUUUGAUGCUUAGCUGUCCAGCCCAGAACUUUACUGUUCUGGUUCACCCUCACUGCUGUGUUGUUGUCAGGUCACUGUUUUGGUGAAAAAAGCACUGAAAACCCACUGUACACUACCUGUGCAGCACCAAACAGAAGACAGACAUAACUGACAGCUAGCUAGUCAGCCUAGUUGAGUAUUUAGCAACUAAAGAGCCAGAUAUUUCUCUCAGGGGUGGUGGAGACCAAAAACAGAGCUAAAAGAGAAGGAAUAUUGUAUUUAGAUUCACCAGGUGACCAGAAACACGACACCAGUGACGGUGUCACUCUGUAACUGUUUGCCUAUAAGCUUAAAAGGUGAUGAUAUGUCAGCGUUGUGUUCACUUAUGGCCAAAAAACAGUAAUUGCAGGUUUAAGUAAAAGACCUUUAUACUUCUUCCACUACUGCCACUGUUGUAUGAGUACACCAAAAAUGAAGUUUUGGCUAGCAGUCGGAUAACUUAAAUUAGCAUAAAGACUACAGAAAAGAAACAGCUAGCCUGGCUCUGUCAAUGUAACACAAUCCAUCUAUAAGCACCUCUAACUUUUAUAUUUAGGUUUUAAACAAGCGAGCUAGCAUUUUAAUUAAUGAGCUUUAGCGGUUCCUGUUUCCAGUCUUUAUGCUAAGCUAAUCACCUGCUAGCUGAAGCUAUUUACCGGACAAAUGUGAGAGUGGUAUCAAUCCAUUCACCUAACUCUCUGCCAGAGAGUGAGUAAGCAUAUUUCCCAAAAAGUGAAACGUUUGCUUUCAUGUCAAGCUAGAAUAUGGUAUCAGAAGGGUUUGAAAUGUGUAAAAUUGGGAUUGGUUACCUAUAAAUUGGUAAGCUUAUGUUUGUCCAUCUUGUGCAUAUUUAAAUUCUAUCUUGACUUUGUGUUGUAAUGAAGCAGGCGUGACUAGUUCCCCAUAUGGUCGUAAUUCUGACGGCCUGUUUUUCAAAUGUGACCAAAUAUUUGCAGUCCAAACAAAACAAAACCAGCAAGUACGCGAGGGUGGGCAUUGUGCACUUUGGACAAGAAAAUCAGCUCGUAACUUUGGUUUUCUGGACUUAGGAUUUCUAUUUGACGUUAAAAGCAUUCUUAAAGUGGUUUCUGAAUUUGCUAAUUAUGUUCAGUUUGUUAAAUAAAGUUUAAGUCUGAAUCAGUGG